GUUAAAUCAAGCCUGGCUGGGAUAAGCUGAAUGGUGAAAGGCUGAGGAGGGAUUCCUAAGGUCUGAUACAUUGUGGAUUCGAGAAGCCCCUGCCAUCAAUAUUCAACAAGCAAUCAAGUGCUGAUUGAUACCCAAAAUAUCUAAAAUAAAGAUACAGGACGUACAAUUUGGGCUGCUUGUUUUUGGCAUUGAUCCUGCAUUUUCAACUGCAAUUCCGCAUUCUCCAGUAAAAUAAAUUGUGAUUUUGGAUGCUUUGACUCUAGGAUCAGCCUCACUGAGGCAAGACAUAACUGCAGAUCAUUUUAUCUAAUUGAUCAGAGAAUAGGGUGAGCCCUUAUCUCCUGCCACCAGUGGCAAUGCAGUAACCAGCUCCGACAGGCAGCAGGUGUCGACUGACUGCACCUUCUUACAGCGAUUCCUGCGUCCGCCCUGUAUUUUCAUUUGCUUUUUGAUACAGCCAAACUCACCAUGUACGGAAGCUCCAGGGCAGUGGGCCAUGUCGAAGGCAGCCCGUCGAGGUCUCCCCGACUUCCGCGGUCUCCUCGGCUGGGCCACCGGCGAACAAAUAGCAGCGGAACAGGAGGGGCAGGGAAAACUUUGUCAAUGGAAAACAUCCAGUCUCUUAACGCCGCCUACGCCACCUCUGGACCCAUGUACCUGAGUGACCACGAGGGAGUCGCCUCCACCAGUUUUCCCAAGGGAACCAUGACCCUGGGCCGAGCAACAAACCGGGCAACCUAUGGAGGCCGUGUCACGGCCAUGGGCAGCAGUCCGAACAUCGCCUCCGCGGGGCUCCCUCCCGGGGGAGACGCCCUCUCGUUCAGCGACCACCACCAACAGCAGCACAGUGCCAUGAUCACUCCAUCCUCUCACCAUCACCACCAUCACCACCAAGUGCCCUCCACCUUGAGGCAGGUCCGUGAUAACACCAUGGUUGAUCUGCAGGCACAGCUCAAAGAGCUGCAGAGGGAGAACGAGACACUCCGGAAGGAACUGGAAAUCAAGGACACCAAGCUUGGAUCAUCAAUGAACAGCAUCAAAACCUUCUGGAGCCCUGAGCUGAAGAAAGAACGAGUGUUGAGGAAAGAGGAAGCCGCCAGAAUGUCUGUCCUCAAAGAACAGAUGAGAGUAUCUCACGAGGAAAGUCAGCAUCUACAAUUAACCAUUCAAGCAUUGCAAGAUGAACUUCGAACACAGAGAGAUCUUAAUCAUCUUCUUCAGCAGGAGAAUGUUAACAGAGGUGCCGAGCACUAUACCAUUGAGCUCACGGAGGAAAACUUCCGUAGGUUGCAGGCAGAGCAUGAACGUCAAGCCAAAGAGCUAUUUCUUUUGAGAAAGACUCUGGAAGAAAUGGAGUUGAGGAUUGAAACACAGAAGCAGACGUUGAAUGCAAGAGAUGAGUCAAUUAAGAAACUGCUAGAAAUGCUACAGAACAAGGGAUUGCCCUCCAAAUCUAUGGAAGAGGAACAUGAGAAAAGUCGGAGAAUAUCUGAGGCAGAGUCUCAGGUGAAUCAUCUGGAGGUACUACUGGACCAAAAAGAGAAAGAAAAUAUUCAGCUUAGAGAGGAACUACACAGGAGAACCCCACUUCAGCCAGAGUCCGCAAAGACAAAGGCUCUACAAACUGUAAUUGAAAUGAAGCGUUCAUCAUCAUAUGACUUUGGGCCUGAUAAGAUAUGGCAGGAUACAAAGAUAGCUUCAUUGGAGAGAAAUAUCAGAGAUCUAGAAGAUGAAAUCCAAAUGUUGAAGACAAACGGAGCAUUGAGUACCGAAGACCGUGAAGAGGAGCUUAAGCAAAUGGAAGUUUACAAGAGUCAUUCAAAGUUCAUGAAAAAUAAGAUUGAUCAGUUAAAACAGGAUUUGUCAAAGAAGGAAUCUGAACUUCUCGCCUUACAAACCAAGCUGGAGACGCUGAAUAAUCAAAAUUCUGAUUGUAAGCAACAUAUUGAGGUUCUCAAAGAAUCACUCACUGCCAAGGAACAGAGAGCUGCCAUACUUCAAACUGAGGUGGAUGCAUUAAGGCUGCGACUUGAGGAAAAGGAAAGUUUCCUUAACAAAAAGACAAAACAGCUUCAAGAUCUUACAGAGGAAAAAGGAACGCUUGCGGGAGAAAUACGUGAUAUGAAAGAUAUGCUGGAAGUGAAAGAGAGAAAGAUCAAUGUCCUCCAGAAAAAGAUUGAAAAUCUUCAGGAACAACUUAAAGACAAAGAUAAGCAGCUCAACAACUUGAAAGACCGAGUUAAGUCAUUGCAGACAGAUUCUAGUAAUACAGAUACAGCAUUGGCAACUCUAGAAGAAGCUUUAUCAGAGAAGGAGAGAAUUAUAGAACGUCUAAAGGAACAACGUGAACGAGAUGACCGCGAACGAUUGGAAGAGGUCGAAUCAUAUAAAAAAGAAAAUAAAGAUCUUAAAGAGAAGAUUAACAACUUGCAAGCUGAACUGGCAGAAAAAGAGUCUAGCUUGAUUGACUUGAAGGAACAUGCAUCUUCUUUGGCUUCAACAGGCUUAAAGAAAGAUUCCAAAUUAAAAACUCUAGAAAUUGCUAUUGAGCAAAAGAAAGAAGAAUGUAGUAAGUUGGAAGCACAAUUAAAGAAGGCUCAUGAUGCUGAAGAAGAUGCACGGUUGAACCCAGAAAUGUGUGAGAAACUGAGACAACUUGAGAAGGAUGUGGCUUACUACAAAGAGGAGUCUGAUAAAUCCCAGGCUGAAGUUGAUAGACUCUUAGAAAUUCUGAAAGAAGUGGAAACGGAGAAAAAUGACAGAGAUAAGAAAAUAGCGGAACUUGAAAGACAAGUAAAGGAUCAGAAUAAAAAAGUGGCCAAUCUGAAGCACAAGGAGCAAAUGGAGAAAAAGAAGAAUGCACAAUUGUUGGAGGAAGCACGAAAACGUGAAGACAACCUGACUGAUAACUCACAGCAGAUGGAGGAAUCAGUGCAAAAGAAAGAUGAAAGAAUUGAGGAAUUGGAAGAAGCCCUGCGUGAAAGCGUACAAAUAAAUGCGGAAAGAGAGGUGGUUCUCGCCCGGGAAGAGGCUUCUAGAUCUUCUGCAGAGAAACAGUUAGAAGAGCUAAUGGCAACGUUGGAGAAGACCAAGCAGGAACUAGAUUCCACUAAGGUCAGGCUGAGCUCAACUCAGCAGUCUCUGGCUGAGCGCGAGGCACACCUUGCCAAUCUGAGAAUAGAGCGGAGAAAGCAGCUGGAGGAAGUGCUUGAGAUGAAACAAGAAGCACUGCUGGCAGCGAUCAGUGAGAAGGAUGCAAACAUUGCCUUAUUAGAAUUGUCUGCCUCCAAAAAGAAAAAGACACAAGAUGAAGUCAUUGCUCUUAAACGUGAGAAGGACAGACUUGUGCAACAGCUGAAACAGCAGACACAAAAUCGGAUGAAACUCAUGGCGGAUAAUUAUGAUGAUGACCAUCACCACCAUCACCAUCACCACCACCACCAUCGUUCACCGGGAAGAUCACAGCACAGUAACCACAGGCCCUCUCCUGAUCAGAUGAUCCAGUCACUGUUGGAGGCAUUCAACCACCGCGUCAAAUUAAAACUGUACAUCGAUCACCUGACUACACUUUGCCUGGAGCGGAAUCCGCAAGUCUUGGCAGGAUUGCCAUCAUUAUCGGUCAUGGAGGAAGAGGAGGAUGAGGUUUCCCGGGAACGUCAGUUGCAGAGUUUGACACCUGUACAGUUAGCAGAGGAGCUGGAGCGAGGUGAAAAGGAAAAUGUGGCACUACAGGAGUACACAGACAAUUUGCUUCAACGAAUUUCAGAUCUAUGCCCGGAUGUCCUGGAACAAGUCAUCAAAAUGCUGGAAGAAGCAGCUUGAUACAGUAAAAAGUGAGGUAAUGGUGAUAUCAUGAAGUGAGUUAAAAAGAGCCCCACCACCACCAAAUCCAGCAUUAAUGCAACUAAAGUCAAUCUUCAUCCAGCUGAAUUUAUAUACACCUUAAUAGUAUUAUGAGUAUCAUUCCAAAUAUAAUUGGCUUCCCAAUAAUGACUAAGAAAUAGUCGGUACUCUGAAAGCCCACAUCAUGAUUAGGUGCAUCCUGCUUGAGAUGCCUAUUGCUUGCAGCUCUUUCUUAUCAGCUUCAGCCUUCAACCCAAUAUUGUCAGCUUCUGCAAGUUCAGCAGUCAUAAUGGGUUUGGGGAACUCCUCGGGUCAUCUUAUUCUCUCACUCACACCUGAAUUUCCAGUUGAGUAGGAAAGAGGAGAACUUUUAUAAGCUUUUAACAUCUAUGCAUUAAAUAGUAAGCUUUUGUGUAGGAGUAAAAGGUGUUCAAUUGUUAAGGUGAAAGAGUUAUCAAACAGUUGACAAGGAUUAUCCUUCUGAACAAAAACAACCUGUGCCUCUCAAAAUGUACUGUACAUCUGAAUAUGUUGAUUCGAUGAUUGAUUUACAAUAGUGUUGAAAUGGAAGAGUAUUCAAAAUUCUGAAACUGGCCUAUCAGAUUGGGAUUGCUUUGUGCAUAGAACAUGUUCAGGAAGAAGGAAGUGAACUUCCUUCUUGCUGAGAUAGUGAAGUACUCAGAUGACAACUGUUGUACUUCAUUUUGAAAGAUUCUUGAAAAAGUUUGACAGUAUCUUACGUCUGAUUUAUAAGUAUCGAAACUUGUGCAUUUAUAUGAUUUGAAUUCUUAAUGCAUUAUCACACUUAGCAGCAGAGGUGCUUCAUUGUUGUGAGUGGAAAUGCAAUAGAAAACUUUCUACUGCUUAAGUAAAACCAAACCUCAGAUCUUCCUCUGGUAAAGGGGAAAAGUUCUUAGGAAAAUGUUUAGCACAUCUGGCAAAUUUUGCACUCCUAGAGAACACAGACAACAAGGAGCAGUAAGCAACACAGUUGUCACAUUGGGGUUGUGAUCCUUUGAGUGCCCUAACAAGCAGUUCUCUUAUGUUCUAUAGUCCAACUGAAUACUUGAAGUAGGAAAUUCUUACCACAAGGACCUAAUCUUAAGUAAAUGUCAUAGUUAAAAGCAUAAAACAGUGAUGUUUAGCUGUUAGUUCAUUUAUAUGUAAUGUGCCAAUUUUGGAACAGUUGGGGAAAUUAAAUUGUUCCCAGAUUAUAGUGAUACUGAUCGAAAGGUGAUCCUCAAAUCAGGGUAUCAAAACAAGACUUUUGGGGGAUAAGAAAACUGUUCUACCAAUGGAAAAGAACAAUUCUUGUUACAUGUUUUACAGAAUUUCAAGGAAAUUUCUUUUGAUACUUUGGCAUAGAACACUGGUUAAGAUAAACACUGUGACAAACUGACGGUAUCGUUUUAGUUUUGUGUCAUUGGUAAACAUCUUGCUUUGAGUCGUAACAAAACAAAAGAUUAUCAUUAAUGCAACUUCUCUUUUCCAUUCGCUUGUUUUCAGAUAAAUAACUUGACUGGUGUUCUGAUUGUUAUCAAGCCUGUAUUAUAUACUGUGUCAAUUACUGUACAGUAAUUUUUGUAUUUGAGAUUUGUGUAUCAAAAUGCACGCAAUUUCUGUUUGACUUUUAUUUGAAAGUGGAUAAAAAUAUAAUUUCCUAUUAGUCUUUACAAGCAAAUCAUAAAAUAUUGACACAGUGCUUAUCUGCAAUGUAUUGUGUAGAAUGGUGUUUGAAUGUGAUGUGCUGGAAUAUGUAUAUCAGCAAUUCUCCAGGUUGCCUCUUAUAUGUGUUCUGUCAGAUUUUAGUAUCCUUCUUGUCCUAUUCUUUUCAAGUUCGUGGCAUGUCAUGGGCUCUGCUGUUGAUAUAUAGUGAAGAUGUUGACAUGGUACCAAAAGGAAUCCUUGAGUAUGGUUAACAACCAUGGGCAUGUUUUAAAACUGUUACUGUGCAUCAUUAUCUCGUGGACAUGUAGGGGUAUAUAAGGUUCAAAACAUUGUUAUUAAUGUGCAAGAAAUAUUUAGUGUUGCCCAGCUUGUUUAUAUAUUCAUUAAAUAAAACUUUCUUUCUGA